AUGAAGCUGGAUCGUGGUCCUUGGAAACAUUCAUACGAAUACACUCGUGCAAUGGGCUUCAACGAAUUGGCCUGGAUCAAGUCACAUGCAAGUCCUCGAAUGAACUAUUACCGGUCUGACCAGAACGAAGAGCUUCCUGGAGAUGCUGUCGCACUCUUAGAGAAGUAUCUGGAUGUAUCACCUUACCUUAUCCCCCACACAAACGACAAAUCAUCAACUUCCAACGUUCUGUGGCAUCCGGAUCUCCACCUGGAUAACAUUUUCGUGGAUCCCAAUACAUGCCAAAUCACGCGAGUCGUAGACUGGCAAUCAGCAUGUGUUUCGCCCUUGUUCUACCAAUCUACCGUUCCCAGAUUGUGUAGACACCCCGGACCUGUUAGGGAAGGCUGGGUUGUCCCUGAGCGACCCGAGGAUUAUGAAAAUCUCAGUCAAGAUGAACAGGCGAAAAUCGAUGAGGAUUUAGAAAGCCAAACAAUCCACAAAUACUACGAGGCGCAGGUCUAUAAGCGCGUGCCCCUUCACUGGGCUGUGCUCCGGCAGCCUGCAAUACCUGUCAUCCGCAAACCUGUCUGGCUUGUGAGUGGGGUAUGGGAAAACCGUGAUCUAUUCUUCCUUCGCGAAGCGCUUAGGACGAUAAACGCGCAAUGGAACCAGUUUGUUCCCGACAUCCCGUGCCCCAUAACCUUCAGUGACAAGGAAAUCGAUCUUCACUCCAAGGAAGAGGAGAACAGUAAGGGAGUUGGGCAAAUUCUGCUGUUGUUCCAAGAGCAAGCUAUUCUCCCUGUGGAUGGAAUGGUUGAAACAGAAGACUACGACGUCGCUCGUGAUAAUUGCCGCAAAUUUAAAGAUAUCUUUAUCGGAUUGGCGAAGGACGAAAACGAAAAGGAGUUGUUCAGGAACCUUUGGCCAUACCAAGAGUCUGGAAGUACCUGA